UUCUUGUUCCUAGUCUUUCUAAUUAUAUCGUAGAAGCCUUUACAAGUUACACCGCCUAAUAUUUUACUAUUACUCGGCUUCAAAAACCUAUAUUGCUUUUCUUCUUCUUCUUCUUCUUCCCCAAUUUCAAUUUCAAUUUCAAUUUCAAUUUCAAUUUUCCAGUUUUCCGUCUAAAAAGGCCGUCUGUCAUCCUAUUCCCCAAAUUCGAAGAACAAAUACGACGAUUGUGAGGAAAGGAUUAAGGGUAAAUUCCCAGAAAUCGAAUUCCAGAAUUAAUCGUUCUUAGGAACUUCAUCUGAUCAAUAAAAGCAUAUGCGGGGAAUGGACUUACCAUUCACGCCUACUGCUGUUGCUUGCAAAUAAUGUCCGGUUGGCAAGGGGGUAGGAAUGUUUUGAGCAUAUUUAAGUGGAAGAAACCCGGUGAUCCUUCUCUUUCCAUUGGCCUACUCAAUGAUAACCCUCCUGAGAUUGAAUUAUCCGGUUAUGGAAGAAUACCGAGUCCUGGUAGUGAAAGCCCCUCUGAGCUACUUAACGGGGAGAGCCUGAAAGUGGAACCUAUUGCUGAUUUGGACUUGUUCUUUGAAAGGCUAUACAGCUACUAUUGUGAUAAAGGGCUUUGGUGCAUCAUUGUUAAGUGGAUAGUUGAACUCUUGAGUCUUGCUUUCACAAUAUGUUUUUCGGGAUUUUUCUUACUAUAUGUUGACUGGGAUGGUCUUCGCAACGCUAAAUGUGGAAUUGAUGCGGUUGAAUCUGGAACUAAGCCCUGUGACCUUGCAAUAGAAGCUCUGCAUGCGCACCCAUUAACCCCACUCACGCUUCCCAAAGCUAUUAUUCUUGGGUAUUUGGGUAUUUUCUCCAUAUAUUGGAUCUUCUGUUUUCUAAGGUUUUUCGCACAGCUAAAGGAAAUUCUCAGGAUACGCCACUUUUAUUACAACUGUCUCCAUGUUACAGAUGAUGAGUUGAAGACCAUGCCAUGGCCUUCUAUUCUCGAGAAAGUGGUUCGUGUUCAGAAUUCACAGAAGCUAUGCGUGGUGAAGGAUCUGUCAGCUCAUGAAAUUGUAAUGCGAUUGAUGCGGAAGGAAAACUACUUGAUUGGCAUGAUCAACAAAGGGAUUCUUGCUUUCCCUAUCUCUAAGUGGAUCCCCGGUGCUGGUCCAACUGUCAAGUCUGGCCCUAAUAGGGGUCGUCAACGCCUCAUAUUGACAAAGACGCUUGAGUGGACCUUAAAUUGGUCCAUUUUGCAGAGCAUGUUUGACAGAAAAUUCUGUAUCAGAGGGGAGUUUGUCUCAAAUCCUGCUACUUUGAGGAAAAGACUUGUAGUAGUUGGACUAGCAAUGCUUCUCCUCUCUCCGUUUCUAGUCAUAUUUAUGCUGGUUUAUCUAUUCUUGAGGCACGCUGAACAAUUCUAUAACCAUCCAACUACAGCAUCAUCUCGAAGAUGGUCGAAUUUGUCAAAGUGGAUGUUUAGGGAAUUUAACGAGGUGGAACACUUCUUUAGGCACCGCAUAAACAGCAGCAUCGUACAUGCUUCAGAUUACUUGAGACAAUUUCCAUCUCCCAUAAUUUCAGUUGUUGCUAAAUUCAUCUCCUUCAUAUCCGGUGGCUUUGCGGCUGUGUUGAUCAUUAUUGCAUUUCUGGAUGAAUCUUUGCUGGAGGGACAUAUAUUUGGCCGUAAUUUGUUUUGGUAUGCUGCUGUGUUUGGAACUAUUACGGCUAUCAGCCGGGCAGCUGUGACAGAUGAGCUUCUUGUUCUUGACCCAGAUGGCACAAUGUCCUUGGUGGUUCAGCAUACGCAUCACAUGCCAAAGAGAUGGCGUGGUAAAGAAAACACAGAGUUUGUCCGGGUAGAGUUUGAAACUUUAUUUCAGUAUACAGCAAUGAUGUGGCUGGAGGAGAUUGCCUCUAUAUUCCUCACUCCUUAUUUGCUCAUAUUUGUUGUCCCAAAGCAAGUGAAUGACAUUCUGCAGUUCAUCACUGAAUUUACGGUAUAUAUUGACGGAGUUGGUGAUGUUUGCAGCUUUAGUGUCUUUGAUUUUCAAAAGCAUGGCAAUGGAAAUUACGCUUCACCAUACAAUUCGCUUCCCACUCGGAGGAGUUCCCAAGGGAAAAUGGAAAAAUCUUUUCUGAGCUUUCAAACCAGCUACCCUUCUUGGCAACCAGACGCUCAAGGGAUGCAGUUUCUAACCACUCUCAGAACAUUCCGGAACGAAAAGUUGCGCGGGCCUAUUCCUGGUUACGCGUAUUCACCACCCAGAAGAUGGCAGCAGCAGAGUCCACGUUUUAGAGAUCAUAGCUCCCGAAACAGCUACUUCAGAAGGGAAUCACCCUACAACGGUCAAGCUCCGGGCUGUCACUUGGGCUCUCUUUGGCUCAUUGGAACUGACCCGAAGACUCACCCUUAUCUUCUUGAUUGGUUUUAUGUGUCCGGGGCCCGACAUGUUAUCGGUAAUAACACUAACGACGGCCCGUCAGUUUCUCUGGACAUUGACAAUGAACAAACAAAUGAUUUUUGGAUGCCGUCCUUAAAUAACGAAGACAACAACAACCAAGGAGAAGAAAGCUGGCCUAAUUUCUUAGACAACCGGUCAAAGAACCAUCCGGAAGCUUCCACGUCGUCAUCUCCCGUCUUCUUGGAGGAGGAAAGUGUUCUUCGGCAUAACGACUCCAGCAGCACCAUGCUUCCUUCAGCUAGAAGCCACUGGUGGAACCGCCGUGGUGGUGGAACCACCAGUGCAGACCCUCAACAGGCAGCAAGCUUUCUCGAACCCCCGGAGUUUCACCACCGUGGUGGGCCACAUCAAGCCAGCUUUCUCGAGCCUCCUAUGUUCAGACACAGCGGUGGGACCCAACAAGCCAGCUUUCUCGAGCCUACUGAAUUUCAGCACCGUGGUGGGACCCAACAAACCAGCUUUCUCGAGCCUACUGAGUUUCAGCACCGUGGUGGGCGUGGGCCCCUGCAAACCAGCUUUCUCGAGCCUACUGAGUUUCAGCACCGUGGUGGGACCCAACAGACCAGCUUUCUCGAGCCUACUGAGUUUCAGCACCGUGGUGGGCCCCAACAAACCAGCUUUCUCGAGCCUCCUAUGUUCAGACACAGUCCUGAAUUUAACCAUCAUAAUGCUGAUAAUUACUGUGAAAGCCAUUCGGAUAGGAGCAUCGAUGAUGAACACGACGAACAACCUUUGGAUUGGGGGAAUUAUAACCAGUUAUCUCGAACAACGGAUCCAGAUGAAUUUGGUGGAGAAUUUAAGCUCCAUUUUGAUGAUGUUUAUAAACCUUCUGAACCUCCCAAUAUGAAUCUAGACCAUGAUAAAUAUCAUGUGAGCUGAUUUCUUGAUCCUUGAUAAAUGAGAGGCUGUUUGGUUGUUAAAUUUCAUUUAUUGGGUCUAUUUCGUACAUAGUUUUUUAGGGUUAUUCUCUUCUUUUUUGUUUUGGUACAAGGAGAAGUGAAGAACAGUAAAUUCGAAAUUCUUUUGUUGUACAUAAUUCAUGGCUUCAAUGAAAAGGUUGCAUUUAGAAUCGA